ACACUUUCACCGAUGGGAUUUGCUACUGCGCAGGUCGGCGAAGACGAUCGAUAUUGUCGAGUCACAGAGCAGCUCUUCGGUGACGAACGGUUUUUCUGAGUUGAAUACUGCCGUGGCACCUUCAGUGUUGGCCCCAGUCCCCGAGUAAGUUGUUUUCUUCGUUGUUGUCAAAGUGGCAGCAGGGCAGGGCUUUUUAUUUUAUUUUUUGAAAUUCUUUUUUAUUAUCUCGUGAAGUAUUGAAGAAAAGAAAAAGAGUAGGAGGAAGAAAUAAUCGAUUCGUGUGUCAUGGAUCAACGUUACUGAGCUCCGUAUAGCUAAACGUCACACUCAUAGUUCCAAGCCGGGGUCGCUGCUGGAUAUUGCAUCAAGUGCUGCUGGGCUGUGAUUGUUUCCAUUUGGAUUGCAGCCGUUAAUCAAGUCAAAAUGUCGUCCGUUAAAGUGGCCGUUCGUGUGCGUCCGUUCAAUAGCAGAGAAAUCAACCGCGAUUCUAAAUGCAUUAUCGAGAUGGUCGACAAUACCACGGUCAUAACCAAUCCGAAAGCUCCAGCCGGUUCCAAGGAGGCUUCCAAGAGUUUUAACUUUGAUUACUCUUAUUGGUCACAUGACCCUCAAGAUUACAAUUUCGCGCCGCAGAUCAAUGUCUACAAAGACAUCGGUGAAGAGAUGCUCGAUCACGCCUUCGAAGGUUACAACGUUUGCAUUUUCGCCUACGGCCAAACGGGAGCCGGAAAAUCAUUUACGAUGAUGGGCAAACAAGAAGAAGGCCAAGAGGGCAUCAUUCCACAGCUUUGCAUGGAUCUUUUCGGUCGAAUCAAUAGCGAUGCUAACGAAGAUAUGCAGUACUCGGUCGAGGUCAGUUACAUGGAAAUUUAUUGCGAACGAGUUCGUGACUUGCUCAAUCCCAAGAACAAAAACAACUUGCGCGUACGUGAGCACCCUCUCCUGGGACCCUACGUAGAAGAUCUUUCCAAGUUGGCUGUUACUUGCUUCGACGAUGUCAACGAGCUUAUUGACGAAGGCAACAAAGCCAGAACGGUGGCAGCUACCAACAUGAACGAGACAUCUAGUCGAUCACAUGCCGUUUUUACGCUCAUUUUCACGCAAAGGCGUUUCGAUCAAACGACAAGUCUAUCCACGGAAAAAGUCAGCAAGAUUUCCUUGGUGGAUUUGGCGGGUUCGGAACGAGCCGACGCCACCGGCGCUAAAGGAACGCGUUUAAAAGAAGGAGCUAACAUCAACAAGAGUCUCACCACUCUCGGCAAAGUCAUCUCCGCUCUAGCAGAAAUGACGGCAAUGAAAAAGAAGAAGAAAGGUGAUCACAUUCCAUAUCGUGAUUCAGUUUUGACUUGGCUUCUUCGGGAGAAUCUCGGCGGCAAUUCCAAAACGGCUAUGAUAGCAGCCAUCUCACCCGCCGACAUCAAUUAUGAAGAAACUCUUUCCACCCUCAGGUACGCUGAUCGAGCGAAGCAGAUUCUUUGUAAGGCAGUUGUCAACGAAGAUGCCAAUGCCAAACUCAUCCGAGAGCUGAAGGAAGAAAUUUCACGACUUCGGGAACUUUUGCGGGUCGAAGGCAUCGAUGUGGAAGAAGGUCCCGACGGACAAAUCAUUCGGGUGCUCGACACGAGGGAAAAUAAGGACCAGAAUCGAGGGGAAAAUGGUGGGCAAGGAGCUGCUGGACCAACUGGCGUAGGCGGAGAACCACAACGUCCGAGACUAGCGUCGGUUCCAUCUCGAGCGGAAGACGCAGUGGACCAGCUGCAGGAAAAUGAGAAAUUGAUUGCCGAAUUAAACGAGACGUGGGAGGACAAAUUGAAACGGACCGAAAUGAUUCGAUUACAGCGCGAAGCCGUCUUCGCCGAAAUGGGUGUGGCCGUGAAAGAAGAUGGAGAUACCGUGGGUGUUUUCUCUCCUAAAAAGACACCCCAUUUGGUGAACUUGAACGAGGAUCCUUUUAUGUCGGAGUGCCUACUCUAUUAUAUCAAAGACGGUAUUACACGGGUGGGAUCGACGGAAGCCUGCAUUCCACAGGACAUCCAACUGUGUGGGCCGCACAUCCUCAGCGAGCACUGCAUCUUCGAGAACCGCGAAGGCGUGGUUUUAUUAGCACCGGCUCCAGAAGCGUUAUGUUACGUUAACGGCCGGGUCAUAACUGAACCAGUUCUCCUGCGGACGGGAAAUCGUGUCAUCUUGGGGAAGCACCACGUCUUCCGAUUUAACCAUCCGGGUCAGCCUCGUGAGCCUUCGGCAAAGUCGGCCACCAGAUCGCCAGCCGAGACGCCCGUUUUAUUGGAGAACGUCGACUGGAAUUUUGCCCAAAUCGAAUUGUUGGAAAAGCAAGGCAUCGACUUGAAACUGGAAAUGGAGCAGCGAUUGAAUGUCCUGGAGGAAAUCCAUCGAAAGGAAAAAGAAGAAGCUGAUCAGCUCUUUGCCGAACAAAGAAAAAAUUACGAGGCUCAAAUCGACGCACUUCAGCGCAAAGUCGAAGAACAAACAAUGACCAUGUCGUUGUACAGUACGUGCACAUCGGAUGACGCCAUUGACGAUGCCAUCUUUGUCAAUCCCUUAUUUGAAGCCGAAUGCUGCUGGACAGAGCGCCAGUAUCAAAUGGCGGCUUGGGGCUAUCACAAAUGGAAAUUCCAUCAAUUUACUUCACUCAGGGACGAUUUGUGGGGUAACGCUGUUUUCCUAAAAGAGGCUAAUGCCAUUUCCGUGGAAUUGAGAAAGAGAGUAACGUUCCAGUUCACUCUGCUGACUGACACACCCUAUUCGCCCUUACCCAGAGAUUUACAAGACCAAAAUUAUUUGGUAGCCUCCUCGCCUUCUUCAACUUCUUCUCACAGGAUCAACGAUCCUUGGUCUCAGGAAUCUUGCCGACGGACAAUUGUCGCCGUUGAGGUACAAGAUAACCAAAACGGAGCCGUCCACUACUGGAGUCUUACUAAACUGCGUCAGAGACUGGAACUGAUGCGCGAAAUGUGUCGUAAUGAAGCCGAGAAAUCUCCUAGCCAAUCUCCCGGAUCGACUCCAGCUAUUUUGGCGGGUCAAAACCAAUCCGUCGACAAUUCGACAAUCAGCGGAAAUGAUCCGUUUUAUGAUCGUUUCCCAUGGUUCCGACUAGUCGGACGGGCUUUUGUCCUGCUGGGAAGUUUACUCUAUCCGGUCCCGUUGGUCCACAAUGUUCCCAUCGUUAAUGAAAAGGGCGACGUCAGGGGAUACCUCCGCGUUGCCGUCCAGGCCGUCCUCGACGACGAGAAUGGCGAAUAUUCCAGCGGAGUCAAGCAAUCGGCCAGGAUUUCUUUUUCUGAGAGAAACCGGGAGAAGAGUCAAGUAUUUUCCCAUUAUUCCGACGAGGGCCUGCAGAUGAAAGAAGGCGAAGACGAGGAAUGCCGUAGAGUUGUCGAAGGUCAUGGCCAACGUGCAGAUGAAGACUCAAGCGGAUUAGAAUCUUCCAAUCAAGACGAUCAACAGAGCAUGAAACCCGCUGAAAAUGACGUUGAAAAGCAACAAGAAUCGGCUUUGGCUGAGCAUUUAACUGUCGGGCGUGAUUUUACAUUCCGGAUUACCAUUUUGCACGCGGUGAAUAUUCCCAUGGAAUACAGCGAUAUUUUCUGCCAGUUUCACUUUGUUCAUCAUCAAGAUGAAGCAUUCUCCACCGAACCGAUUCGCAACAAUUCCGCCAACCGGGGAAACGGAGCGCCUCUCAGCUUCUACCACGUCCAGAACAUCACCGUCAAAGUGACAAAGACGUUUGUCGAUUACCUUCGCACUCAGCCCCUCGUUUUGGAAGUCUACGGCCAUCUGCAACAGUCCCUGUGCCGUGACAGAGUCGUCAAUCAGGUCGCUCUCCAGUCCGGCAACAGUCGUUUGCCGCCCAAACGCAUGCUUCCGCCACUUUUACCCGUUAGUCAACCUCUGCGGUCCACUAAAUUUGGAUUGCUUCCUCCUAGUCCCACUUGUCAGGUGGAUGCCAAACACGACUUGUUGGUCUGGGUCGAGAUAUUGGAAUUGGCUUCCAGCGGAGAAUACCUUCCGGUGAUGGUGGAACGGAAUCCCGAUCUGCCUUGCCGUAGUGAGUUCAUCCUACGACAGGGACUGCAGCGCCGAAUCCGGAUUACUCUCGUCCAUGAAGUCACAGAGGAAUUAAACUGGAAUGACGUCCGCGAAUUGGUUGUGGGAAGAAUCCGCACGGGAGCUGAAUGCGACAACGGUGAUGAGAGUUACGAAAAUGACAUGUCAGUCGUUUCGUUGGGACUUUUCCCAGGGGAAGUUCUCGAAUUUCCAGGUGACACGCGCCAUUUCUAUCGAUUCGAAGCCGCCUGGGAUUCGUCAUUGCACAACUCGGUGCUCCUCAAUCGCGUUACGCCUUCUGGUGAGCACAUCUACCUGACCAUGUCCGCCUACGUCCAGUUGGACAAUUGUGAGCAGCUCUCAGUCAUCACCAAAGAUCUUUGUGUCACCAUUUUGGGCCGUGACGCACGCACUGGAACUCGUAGUUUAAAGCAAUUCUUCCGGGGGACGCGACAUGCCGAAUCGACUCGGAUGUCGGGCAUCUACGAAGUUCUGAUGCGGCGAGUAUCCGGUCACGGUAACGGCAGCGGAGGAGGUAGUCCGGGAAUUCAGAGGAGACAGAGGCGCGUCAUGGACACUAGCGCUUGCUACGUCCGCGGUGAAGAAAACCUGGACGGAUGGCGUCCUCGAGGCGAUUCGCUCAUCUUUGACCAUCAAUGGGAACUGGAAAAAUUGUCACGCUUGGAGGCAGUCGGCCGGACUCGUUAUUGGCUGCUUCUUCGCGAACGAUUGGGUCUGGAUGGAAAGACAAAUGUGGCAGGUUCCGGCAAGUUGUUACGUUCUAUCGGGCAAGAUAUUACCAAGUCUGAAAAGGAAAUGUGCAAUAUGAUGGCUAAAGCUCACACGACUGAAGUCAUCAAAUCGCCAACAUCUCCUCCAUCACCUCCUCCUGCUCCACUCGUUGGGAGCAGAGCGGAUGGUGUUGACCCUUAUCAGCCGUGGCAGAUGACGGAACGUGAGCGGGAGAUUUGCACCAAAUAUGUCCAUUUAAUCCAGGGGAAAAGGAUUCGAAAGGAUCCAUCCUUGCUCUCGCUGACUCCGCUCGAUGGAAAUAACACGAUGGCCAAUAAUAGCAAUCCUCUUUCACCUGAGACGCCAUCCGGCAAUGGUCCAUCACUGUACAUGCCGUCACCUGGCCAGGAGAGUCGAGCUUUUAUUCCCAACGCUUCCUACACGGUGGAUCCGCAAGCAUCGUGUACCACUACCAACAGUUGCUUUGUGGCCGACAUUGAAGAAGUUCGCGUCAGUCCAGUCGUGUCCCGUCGAGGACUACUCAGCGUGUUGGAGAAAGGAGCAUUGGGCUGGGUUCGUCGAUGGGUGGUUGUCCGUCGUCCCUACGUUCUUUUGUACAAAGACGAAAAGGAUUGCAUUGAACGCGGUUUCAUUAAUCUGAGCACUGCUAUCGUGGAAUAUUCCGAGGAUCAAGAAGAUGUCGGAAUGAUCAACGUUUUCAGCGUCAUUACCAAGCACCGCCAAUAUUUAAUGCAAACGCCAUCGGAUAAAGAACUAUAUGAUUGGUUGUACGCCAUGAACCCUUUGUUGGCAGGGCAAAUUAGGUCUCGACUGGCACGCUGCCAACCUGGUGCAGCACCAUCGAGUAAACUAGUAGCGCCUAGCUUGCCAUUAUCGGCUAAUUAAUAGAUCGAUCCACGCUGAUAGUCUGCUUUACCAGUCACAGAAUGGCCUCGUAAGUUCUGGAUGGGUCAAGAAAAUAAUAAGAAUUUUACCAGACAUUGUUAGCUUCACCAAGGCAAAGAAAAUAACGGGAUUUUGCUACUAUCGUGUGUAUGUGUGUGUGAUUGGAUGUCGAUCUAUGUUUAUUCCCAUCAAUGAUCUCGCUGGCGUUCGCCUUGUGGUCGUCUUAAAAUAAGUUCUAAAAUUGCUUGAUUAAAAUCCAGCCCUUCUCCUUCACUUCCUCGUUAUUAACUUAUUAUUACUAUUAUGUACAGCUACAACAGCAACCAGCAAGCAGCUUUCCUUGUCAAUUUUUCCACCGAUUUUAAAUCUAUUUAAAUCAGCUGCCUUCAGUUCUUUUUUGCUUUGUUUAUGUUGUCCACUUCCCUCGGAUAUAGGAUCUACUAAACUCCUGUAAUAAUUACUAAUAAUACUGCAACUAUUAUUAUGUGCACUAUUGUGCUCGGCGCUUUCAUCUCAUCGUUCACUGCGUCCGUGCUGCUGCUGGUGGUUUGCCUAUAAUUCUAAAAAUUUAAGAGACCAAAAUAAAUAGUCAAGUGUC